AUCGUACGUCAGGUUGUAAAAUCCAGUAAAGAGUUUCCAGGUGUGAGAAAAGUCUCAUUUAAGUGGUAAUGUGGGGAUAAAGGAAACUUUUUGGCACUACGGGAUGAGUGGGGGAUACAUCCGCGCGAAAGAGAAGGCAAAAGUCGAAUAUGACGGGUCUUCGGACGAGAAGGAUACGGAAAGAUCGUCGACGACAGAGGUGACGAGACGUGGCCGAACUGCCGGCUUCAGUAGCGGGCAAACUCAGAACUGCCGAGCUGCCAGAGUCUACGUCUUUGGUCAGCAUGACAUCUACGAGGACGACGACAAGGACAUAGAAAUGUCUGAGAUUCGCUCUCGAAAAUCCACUCGAAACAGCAGCUACGAUAGUGGAAAUUCUGCUGAGACUGAGAACAUAUUUUUUGAGAGACAGAUCGUUGAAGAAGACACUUUGCUGAGUAUAGCACUACAGUACGGUUGUCCGGUGUCUGAAUUAAAACGUAUUAACAAACUGAUGCAAGAUCAGGACUUUUUCGCUCUGAAGUCAAUUAAAGUGCCGAUAAAGAGAUAUGGCCUGCUGACAGAAAUGUUAGAAGAACAGAAGAAAACCACAUCUGCUGCUGCGAGUGCAAAUUACCUUCCAAAAAGUCGAGCUAAUGGUACUGCUGGAGGAGACCGGACAGAUUACGUUGCUAAUGACAUUAAUGAAGACAGUGAUAAUUGUCUCAGUGACCCUGAAAUGCAGCAUCUAUUGAUUCGUACUCUGAGUAUACGAGACAACAUCAACAGCCAGUCAAAAGAAGCGGAGGAAUUCUUGAAUAGUAUGGAUAGAGAUUUACAAAAUAUACGCAAGUCAACAAACAGCUACAAGCCUUCCCUUCAAGCCGUGACUUUUACAUUGACGGACAAGCGCAUUCAGCCCUUGCAAAAAAAAUCUGUAGACUGCACGCCGAGUUGGCGUCAAAUUAUAUUGGCCGUGGUUGUGGUUGCGGUGGUGGUUCCUUUAAUUUUUAUAGUUGUCUAUUGUUAUAAAGGAACAUGUCAGUGGAGCUGAUCUAUAUCUUGUUUACACCUUAUGUCAUUUUACUCUACUUUGCCAGCGAAAUUUAUAAUUACCUGAUCAGUUGGAUAACAGCUAUUUACAGGAGUUGAGGUUUAAAGUACAAUAAGAAAGGUCAUUUGAGAUUGCACGCAUUUGAGUGCAUUUGAGAGCAAGAAAAACAGAAUCUUACCUACCGUUUUAACAUGGCUGUAAGGUGUUAUCUUACGCUUUAGACUAAUUUAGCCUAAAAAAAUGUAACUGAUUUCACUUAAUUUCUAUUUUCGUACGUAUACUGUACACCAGGUUAUGGUUUUACAGAGUGAAUUGCUGUGACAAUGUCAUCUUUUUUCUCAGUCACACAACGGAAGGGACAUUACUAGCAUUAUCAUACUGAAUUAAUUUUAACCCACAUUUAAAAGUGUAUGGAUACGGGUAACUUUUUAAACCUGAAAUACUUUUCAAAUGUUAAUAUAGUUCUGCAAUUUUAACACCACCAGUAGUGCACGUGAACAGAAUUUCAACCCCUGGCAUACAAAAAUUAUAAAUUUGAAAUCAGUAUGGAUAAUGUGAUGGGUUUCAAUUCUAUUAGUGCCAGGUAAAGGUAGAUAUCAGGCCAUCUUCAAACGUCUAUUUUCUUUAUUUUAUGGUGUCGGAAAAAGUGUUCUGCAUAUAAUUGCUGAUAUUGUGAUGAAAUCUGUUUUGUUUUGUACGGAGAUCAGCCAUUCAGUGCACCUUACCUCCAACAUACACAUAAAAAUGUAUACAAUUAUUCUGACUCUUCCUUUGAUGUACAUAUAGGUUGAUAAAGAAAUUUAAUAAUGAAAAAGAAGAUCAGAUCUUGCAGACUUUUAGCCCAGUCAGUUUAAUGAGGAAAUUUAACAUGGUAGUAUUCAGUGAUCAGAAUCAAGUAAAAACAUUUUUGUACAAGAGAUUCUUAAGAAUUGUUUAUUCCAGUAUUUUUGCUGACCUAAACUAAUUUGUUCUCGGGAUUUCUUCUCACUUUCCAUUUAAUGUUAGUUUUGAUUCAAGCACUGGUCCAGGUGUAUUGUACAGUGACCAGGUGAAACUAGUCAUUACUUUUUACACUCGGCUGAAAGUCAGAUACAUUGGUCAUUUGCUUUGUUCUCACCUUGCAGGAUUGAUUAAACUGCGAGUGAUUGAAUCUUCUGUAAGUCGUCAGUUCAUAGUUUGAUUAAGACUUUCAUUUAUACAUGCACCAUGAUUAAGUUUCAUAACGGAGUGUGAGUCUAAAUUAAUCAGUGGUGAAUGAAGCAAUAUCUUAAUGCCUGCAUAUUUUUUAUAUUAUUAGUCAUGAUAGCCUAUAAAUAAUUACACAUUACACACUCAGAAAAGCUUUAGUGUUGGCACCAACAGUAUCAUUUUACAAGUGCUCCUGAAAGAAUACUUUUACAGGUCUAACCUCCGGUGAAAUACAGUAAACCUUGUCUUUAUAGUGACAAACUUCGCGUACAUUUGGUCUUAGAAGUUUAUUUCAUGUAUACAAAUAUGUGAAUAAUGUUUUGGUAGGCAUUUUACUAGUACCAUUCUGAGUACCUGUAUCUUAGUUUUAAUAAUGUCAUCCUCUGACAAAAUAAAAACGUGUCCAUUUCUAGUCUAAUACUCCGAAUAAUAUUUUGUUGUAAGCACAUAAAGCAGGCUAUAAAAUUUUUCCCAUAUGAUAAAGAUAAAUUCCAUUUUAGCAAAUCUUUGAUUAAGUAUAAUUAUAUGUAAAACCACAAUUAUUGAGUUUAAUAUUUUGUUGAAUACUAGUGGUAUUUGAACACCUUGUGUUCAUUUCUGGUGACAAAUGUGAAGAGAAAGGUAUUACCCAGUUUAAGGUCAUAUGUUUCUGGUAAAUCGUGUAUAUAUAUAUCCAAAAAAAAUGGUACAUACAAUCAGGAUUUCACAAAUUAAACUUCAUUUGUUAGAUUACCUGAGCUCUAAACUUCACAAAAUGUAUUAUACUGGUUAGUUGCUUAUAGAAUGUGCCCAAGCAUGAAGAAUGAGAGCAUUUGUAUCUAGUGGCUGUUUAAAUCUGAAGCUUCUGCGCUGAUAUUCGUGCAUCUGUAAUUUGAACGGUUUCAUCUAGGCUGUAUAUUAGAUGCCAUCUGCUUUAAUACUGUGAUAUGGCAGUACUGAUGCUUCAGGGGAAUGUAUCACUAAGAUUACAUAACAUGUCCGUUUGCAAUUGUGAAGGUGUACCAUAAUGCCUGUACAAAGAAAUUUUGCACUCUCGUUGGACUUAAAAGUGUUUUGGUGACCCUCAUUAUUUAUAUGAUAUUUUUCAUUCUGGCAACAUGAUCGUUACGAAUUAGCAAAUUUUAAAAACAUUCUUGUUAGAAUUGAGAGAAAUAUCCAUAUUCAUAUUAUUAAGUGUGAUAUGUAUUUUAGUUUUUCAUUUUAUUUGCUCUCAUGCUGAAUGCUGUAACUUGACAUAAUUUAAAAAUAGUUUAAGUUUAAAUAGAGAGUUUCAUGGUAAAUGGAGUAAAAAGGUGGACAGAUUAGAAUAACCCAAGAAUACUUGUAGAAUGCUGGGGUAAAAUUCACACAGGUACACAGUUAUACAUUUUGCUUAUGAUCUAGACAAAACAUUUGCUUAUGCUCCAG